GCCGGCUAGAAGCUAUAUCAGUUUUUAUGUUGAACACACUCCUUCAUUUUUUGAGUAGUCAAGAGUCCUCCUUACAUUUUGAUCUUUUGUUUCUAUUACAUUUGUUUGAAAAAAACGUUUUAUUGUUGCCCGUUUGAAACGGAAGUUUGUUACACAAUCUCUGAUGUGUUGGUAGUGUUUCUGUGACAGCAAACCACAGAGAUUGAAGGAUUCGGCGCGGAUUCGUACAGCAUAAUCCUACAGCAGAGCACGUUUUUCCUGUAUCGCACACCCCCCACGCAAUACACUCCCCCUAAAUAGUAGUGUCACGAAGUGUCGGGUAGAGUUUAGAUUGUUUUAUUCCGGUAGUAAAUCAUGCCUAUGUUGACUCGCUACUAAUGUUCGUGGAGAACGCAAUACUUGAGAAAAUUUGUUAAGUUUGGAACUGAAACCCAAUCAGUGAUAGUAAAGAAAAUACUCACUCAUAAGCCGGUCGCAGUGUAACAAUGAAUGAAAAGUCGAAGUGUGUAAAGUAGAAAGAAAACUUUUUUAUCAGUUUCGUUCGUGAUUACCGAAACCGAAAAAACACAAAUUGUGAUAAUCGGAUGUCAAUGACCAAUCGCAGAACGGAUGAUUUCGUCAGAUGUAACAACCGAGAGACCCUGAUCCCCGGGGAAAGAGGACUAGAAACGGUCUAGGAUUUUGACUGUGCCGAAAAGUGAACCGAGUGAAGCUCUAAAGACGCGACGGCACUCAACACCUUCACGCCUUGUUUUUUUUACAAAGUGCCGCUGGUUCGACUGCCGCAAAACAUGAACAGACAGAGAUUAUGCUACGCUUAGCCGCUAAAUUUUAAACUGACAGUUUUCCGUAUAUUCAACUACAAACAACGUAAAAGAAUUAAACAAGUUUUUUAAAACCGCCAAAAGUUUUUUCGCAUACAACAAGGAUCACACAGUUCAAGUGCUUCUUUCAUAACAAAUUUUUACAACUUUCAAAUCACUUUUAAACUAUUUAAAACAAAUCGUUACAAAUAAAUCGCUUCGCAUUACUAUAGUUAUCAACAAAUAAAGUUUUUCUACUAAAAUCAUAAGAUUCGAAAAAAGUGUCUUAUUUACAACUAGAAAAAGUAGUAAACGAAAGUAUAUAAGAAGAUUUACAAAGCCCAAAGUGAUAAUGAAACAACGAGAUAAAGUAAUUUCUAACUGAAAGAGUGUUUCCCCAGAAGCAAUCGGAAGUGCGUUAAGGAGCUCUUAUUAAUAAAAAGUAAAAAGUGAUAAUAAAAUUGAGUAGCUUGACAUCGGGGAGUACCACAUCUGCAGUGCAAAAAUGAGUCCGGUUGGAAAACCGAAGAAAAACUAUCGGUCUGCACAUUUGUUAGCAAUGAACUAACUUGUCGUAACGCACUCAGUCCGAAGAAGCAGGAAAAAAGUGAUUCUACAGCGCAAUCAAACUAGCAACAACCAGUCAGUCCAGAUAUUCAAGGAUCGCCACUACGCAACGAAACAACGAGCAGCCGUAAAAAGUUCCACGCCAUCCCGAACACAAGCGGAAGAUAUAAAUUCAUCUCUUGUUUUUUAUAUGGUAAGCCACAGCUGCAGCGCCCACUAGCUACGAUUAUUCAAUCGACGAUUAUUCUUCCAUAACAUCCAAUAAAUUCGAUGCUCUCGAGAUACGAGGUGAGCAACUUUCCAAUCAAUAUCAGACAGAAUCUAUCAGACACUUCCCAUGUUGGCAUGAGAAAUUAAAAUUUUUCAAAAACAAAACUUGAGAUCAUCAAUUUUCAUCGCUCCGAGUCGCCACAGAAUCACUGACCUAAUGACUAUGGCGGAUGGUAGCUAUGACCCAAUGGGACACAUCCAGACGGGUCGGCAGCAUCCUCACUCACACCAUCCAGCUCACCAUCAUCAUGGCAGCAGUGCGGGUGGUGGUGGUGGCGGCGGCGGUGGAGGUGUUGGAAGUUGGAAGCUUGAACAGUUGCACCAGCUCCACCAGCGCUACCAGCUGCAACAGCAGCAACUGCACCAUCAUCAACAGCAGCAACAGAGUCAGCAGCCGUCGCCUUCCAGUUUGGAGAACAAUAAUAACCUUCCUGCGGCAACGAAUCAUAAUCUGUUCCGUUCGGAGCAGAAGAAACACAAACGGAAGCGACUGUCGGCCGUGCUGGACAAGCUUCAUCACAACGGGUCGACCGUUAAUCACAACAACAAUAACGUGGGUGAAAUAAGCUACAAGAUAAAACGUUCCGCGUCACGGUCCAGUGCGGAAGACUCCACUGAAGAUGUGUUUCCAUAUUCGGCCAGCCCCCGGAUCAGUGUUAGUCCGCUGCGUCUGAACGAAUCUGACGAAAACAAUAUGAAUCAGGUACAAAUCAAACAGGAACCUCAACAGUAUCUGUACAAACAGCUGCAGUACAUGAACCCGCUUGCACUGUUCAACUACUUUCCGCAGCAGACUAAGCUCCUGUAUCAGGAGAUUGCCCGGCAACGGAGCCACUCAGACUCCGAUCUGCAGCAGCUUCCGCAAAAAUUACCGGAGACUGCCCCUGCAGCACCUCCAGAGCCACAAGAACCCCAGGAAUACCCCCUGGAUUUGUCCAUGAAGACGAAGCUAUUACACACUUCACCUAGUCUAGACUCUGUGAUCAAGCUGGAACCGAAGCUGACGUAUACUCCACCCCCACAGCCGCUGCCAUCGAUCGUCAAAGGUGACGUCGCGUCCAACAACACCAAAAAAUCUGCAGCCGCCUGCUACAACCUCAACGUGUCACCGGUGGUGGAAGAAAUGCCUCCAGGAUCAGACGUCGCGUAUAUGUGUCCAGUUUGCGGCCAGCUGUUCUCCCUGCAGGACCGUUUGGCGAAGCAUAUGGCUUCCCGGCAUAAAAGCCGCUCUAGCUCAACAGACAUCACCAAAUCCUACAUCUGCGAAGUCUGCCAACGAUCGUUCGCCCGUUCCGAUAUGUUGACGCGUCACAUGCGUCUGCAUACCGGUGUCAAACCGUACUCAUGCAAAGUCUGCGGUCAGAUUUUCUCCCGCUCGGAUCACCUGUCGACCCAUCAACGGACGCACACUGGCGAGAAACCGUACAAAUGCCCACAAUGUCCGUACGCUGCCUGUCGACGGGACAUGAUAACCCGUCAUAUGCGAACCCACACUCGCUACGAUGCACAACGUGGCGGAAGUUCCGGUGGAUCACCGGUCGAAAGUCCUUCUUCGAUGGACCAGAAGCCGCUACUAUUGCCAAUGGUAAAUUUCCAUUCGGUACCCGGCAGUGCCGUCAAUUCAAGGGCUCUCAAGAAGGAAGCAGCCUUCGCCACGAGCCCCGGCAGCUACGCUAUCGAAACAAAGACUGAAUCCUAGAUGCACUCCAACACCAGAAGUCCUUCCCUGUAUAGCAGUAGACAGACCGUAGUGAAAACAAAACAGCGAGUAGUUUUCAGUGCAACAGUUAAACCACACUGCAUUCCUGAUUUCCCAUUUUAUCGAUUUCUUUGUAGUUCCAGUAGUUUCUUCCAAUUUGCCAAUUUCAAUUGUGUUAGUAGGUUUAGAAUUUCCAGUUUGUUGUUGAAAGCGUAUUCUAAGAAAUUUGAACUAUUCCCGAACUCAUUCCCGAAAAAGUAGUUUUGUAGGAUUAAAUCUCUUCCUUCCCGUGUUUCGAUAAAAAACAUUAAACAUGCAAAAGUGGAGAACAAGUAGAAAUCUCAAAGGUUGUGAAUUAAAAAAUCUAGAAUAGCACUUUUUAUUAAAGCUAACUGAGAAUGGUCACGAACAAAAGAACAAACUAUACUCGCGGUUCUCGAGUUUCAUGUUAUAACCAUACUCUGUGCCCAUUAGUACGUACUAGUCUAGCGAUUUCAACAAAGUGAUUACUCCCGUGCAACAAAGCUUUCCUAGAACGCACAUUCCCUCUAAUACUCGAUUUCCGUUUAUCUUAGAAGUGACAGCAGUUUCCCAUGCUUCAGUAGAACUAGUGACAUCUGUCGGUAGCAGCGAAAAGUACUAGAACACUAAACACAUACACACACCACACACUUUAACACAAAAGAACUACAAAAACCAAAAAGUACGCCUUGAACAGUGUGCCUUAUUGUGAGUAUGAACAACUUCACAAAACUAGAGAAAGAACUAGAACACAUUUUUACAGUAGAGCAGAAACCAACAACAAAACACACGUUUUCCCAAAUUCCCGCCCUCCUUACGGUUCACCCUCCCACACAUCCACAUUCACUGACACAUGAAGCACUGAAAGAAGAUAGAUAGAGAGAGAACGCGUGCGGUGCAUUUCAUUGCUUCCAGUCCAGGAGGACAGCGAACGGAAGUUUAUUUCGCUCUCGUGCUUCCGGUAGAUUUCAUUAUUUCUACUACCAAUUACUGCACAGUGCCUCCCAGAUCUCCAAUUUGGUGGUAAACUUUGAUCAGAUAAUACAUCCAGUCGGUGGCGUAGCGCAGGAAGAAAUGGGGGUACCUUAUAAUUCUAAAGUAUAGUUCAGUGUUUGAUAUUAUCCGUGGGACAAAAUUAAUGGAAUCACCGGAAAUUGAUAUGUUUUACAGCAAAGUUAUCAAGUGUAUGGCAUUGUGUAUUCGUCGAAUUUGUACAACUGUGAUUUGUUUGAAAAAGACACAUGUUUCAGUUGUGAAAGUUUCGUCUUGGAUCUCCAAAAAAUUGUGCUAGAUCGAAGACGAGUACCUCCCCCAACCUCUUCCUCAUCGCAAAACCAUUACUGCAGGCUCCCGGACAAAAGUUUUACUUGGCUACAGCACGAGGUCCCCAGCAAAUUAAACCUUUUCUUCGCUGAUAAAUUUGCCCAGAAACUUAUGAUCUGGCAAGGAAUUUGCAAUUUCGGGCUUAACGCUAAACUUGUUAUCCUAAAAGAAACAAUGAACUCAAAGCUUUAUAAGCAAGAAUUCCUAGAGAAAUAUUUUCUUUCAUUAAGGCUCACAAAGGCCCAAUGAUAUUUUGGCGAGAUUUGGUAAGCUGACACUACAGCCGAAAAGUGCUACUGAGAUACCGUGACAAUGAAGUCAAUUUCGUUCACAAAGGUUUUUAGACGCCAAAAAGACCGCAAUUCCGUCUAAUCGAAAAGUAUCGUAUAUUAUCAAACGGAAAUUAAAGAAAACUGUAAAUACAACUUAGUACGCUACAUAAAUAGAUCGAUGUUGGGACACAAUGCCACUGAGGUUGACAGGCCAAUGCGGGGUUUCGAUGCGAGUAUGCAAGUUCAAUUUUCUUGUCUUCCAUCUUGCACAACUUGUUUAAGACUGACCGUAUCGUGGCGUGGUGAAACUUUCAUCGUUGAAACAGGUAUAAUUUCUAAAGCAAUCACUACCACAAAUUUUCUAAAUUCUACCACUAGAUACGCUGCCACAGAAUAAAUCUUGAGCGUUUUUUCAAAAAGUCAUAUCUGCAAUGAGUUACUCUCUUUGUUUAUUUUCUCUUUCAAUUUUUACGGCAUCACUAUAACACUUUUCACUUAUUUUAUAGUACAGAUCGAAAGACAGUGGUUUUAACUAGCAUAUUAUGCAAAGAGUUGAAGGAUAAAUGUUAAAGUGACCGAAUUAUUAACAGAAGAGAAAGUAAACAAAGAGAGUAACUCAUUGCAGAUAUGACGUUUUGAAAAAACGCUCAAGAAAUAAUUUGUUCGAAUUCUAAUGUGGUUUUCGUUUGAGGCGAAACUGAGUCAGUUCCCAACCCCAACUGCUGUCAAAAUGUAUGAACUGACAGCGGUUGGGGUUAGAACCUGACUCAGUUUCAGGUUCAAGCGAAAUCGCCAUAAGUGAAGCAGACUUCUAGAGAAAAUUUUCAAUAGGACGUAAGUAACAUUGAGAGCCUCUUUGUUUACUUUCUAUUUCGUCUAUUACGACGUCAUUACAACACUUUGUACUAAUUUUCCAGUACAUAUCGAAAGCCGACGGUUUUUACUACAAUAUUAUACAAAGAGUAGAGUAGUAAAUGAAAUGGCCAAGUAAUGAACAGAAGAGAAAGAUCUCAAAGAGAAUCUCAUUGUUACUUAGAUCCUAUUGAAAAUUUUCUCUAGACUUCAUUCACUUUUGAGUAAAACAGCUUUUGAUUGCUAUGAAUCGCGAAAUGUAUACAUGUAAGUAACUUUAUUGACAAAAACGUUGGAAGGAUAUAACCAAGUUUCUUUCUCUCACAAUUAACAUUAUUUUUCUAUUCGCCGAAGUUCAGGGCAGUUUGGCUAUAUUGGCGUAUUUUGCAUUAUGCAUAGAACUGGACUACCGAGGUUUCUGGUGAAUGGUAGAAAACGCUUCUGUAGACAUCUUUUCCAUACACAUCAUUAUUGAUAGUACCGGUAAAGAUGAAUCUUUUGGUUUUACGGUCACAACUGCAUGUGGCCUGCCAAACCAAGUACUUUUUGACAGAGAGACGAAGAGUAAGGGAGAGAGUGAAAGUCAGCCAAAACGGCAGCACUCUUUAUUACGAUUUCAACACUAGCAUUUUGUCAGCAGCUCUCUAACGACACAACUGAUUAAAUUUGACCGACGAAAUCCGUUGAAAUCGAUCUUUUUCAACCAACUAUGUCUCGUAUGGGAUACAAUAUGCUAGAGCGAGACCCCAUGUUUCAGUCCGUGAAUACAUGGAGACAGUAGCGCUUUGCUCCCUCUAGUAGUUAUAAUCUCUUAUCAAAACUCGUCGAAACGUCGAUUGACGAUAGGUUCAUCCGAAGUGUUCAUUUACGGAUUGCUAACGUUGCCAAUUAUAUUUUGAUCCCACCACCCAAUGUGGCUACGCCACAUCGCUUUUGCGCGGACUUAAGCUAAAGAUAGCCCCAUAUGUUUGAGUAAGCCGGACAAACGAGUGGAUCACAGGUUUGCUUGCUUCCGAUGGAGGGACCGCGGCCACGUUGCCCAGUGGAUCCUCAGCGGCUUUGCGCAGCUUCGGUUCCUAGGCCUCGGUUAUGCGGCUAAGCCGCAUCGUACUGGUACACCUUAAGCAGAGGUUCUUGAAGGGUAUCGGAUGGUUUCCGGAACCCAGUAAAGUUCAACCCGAAAUGAGCCGGAGUUCUGGUUGAUUCUAAUUCGUAUUCCGACUCCAGUGACACAACCGAUUCUAACUAGAAUCGGUUAUUUCACUGGAGCCGGAAUACGAAUUCGUACCAGCCAGCAUUUCGGCUGAGCUUACUUGGCUAAGUAACCUAAAAUUUAAUCUACGAAAUAAAAAUUUUCUGGCGACGCUCCAGCACUCCAUUAAACUCACGAUAUCGCCACCUGGGCACCAGUUUGACGCUACGGAAUGAACUUUGUUUACUUUUGACGGGCCCCUAUUUUUGGUUCGAAUCAAAACUCGUCGAAAUGUGAAUUGACAAUAGGUUCAUCCGGAGUGUUCAUUCAACAUGUUGCUAGUGUUGGUAAUUUUAUUUUGAUAUCCAUCUGACGGAUCCUCGGCGGCUUUGCGCAGCUUCGGUUCCCAGGCCUCGGUUAUGCGGCUAAGAUGCAUCAUACUGGUACACCUUAAACAGAUUUUCCUGAAUGGUUUCGGAAGAUUACCGGAAGUUCCCUACAACAAAAUCUGGGAAAUAAUUUUCUAGUGACGCUCCAGAUCUCUGUUGAACUCUAAUGGUUUCGCCACCUGGACGCCAGUUUGACGCUACCAAAAGAACUAUGUUUACAUUCGACGAGUUCUCAUUCCAUCCAACAACAUCCAGCCCACUUUUAGCGGUGGCCCUUUUAUUGGCUCGAAUCAAAACUCGUCGAAAUGUCGAUUGACAAUAGGUUCAUCCACAGUAGCAUUUUGCUAGUGUUGCCAAUUUGAUUUUGAUUCGAUCACACAAUCGAGGCUGGAUGUUGUUGGCUCGAAUCAAAACUUGUCGAAAGUAAACACUGGCUGGUUCUAAUUCGUAUUCCGGCUCCUGUGACACAACCGAUUCAAGUUAGAAUGUUCAAGGGGUACCAUUUCGAUGCGGCCUAGCCGCAUAACCGAGGCAAAGCCGCUGAGGAUCCGCCAGGCGAGGUGGCCACAGACCCGCCGUCGGAAGCAAGCGAACCUGUGACCCACUCGUUUGCCCGGCUUACUCAAACAUAGGGGCUAUCCCUAGUUUAAGUCCGACUGAGCGGUAGCGAAUUCGGACAGCACGCGCAAAAGCGAUGUGGCGUAGCCACAUUGGGUGCUGGACACAAAAUAAAAUUGGCAACGCUAGUAAAAUGUAAACACAAAUGAACACUCCGGAUGAACCUAUCGUCAAUUGACCUUUCGACGAGUUUUGAUUCGAGCCAAUAAUAUGGGCCCCACAAUCGAUUGAAACUAUACACGGUUAAAUAAAACAACCUGCAGCAUAAGUUCUUUUAACUUACUUUUGAGUUGUGCGUCGCUUUCGCACUUAUUAGUGUUGUCGAAAACAAAACGAGAGAUUCGACUCAGUCGAGGUCUUCCGUGGAGGAAGGUACUUUUGAGUUGUUUGGGGUAUACUCAAAAUUAGGUAAAUUCAACUUAAAUUUGAGUAUAAAAAACCAAUCAAUGAGUUGUAAUUUUUGCCGUGAUUAAAUGGAAACUACCUUCAACACGGUUUACCUAAUUUUAAGUUCCCCCACGAUACCACGAGAUUGAGUCAAAGGAACUCAAUUUUAGGUAGUUUUUCGUUUCCGUGUAGGGAUAACCCCUACACUCAAUUUGAAUUACAGGGUACAGUAAAAUUUUACUGGGGUUUUGAACAGCAAACUGUUCGGUAAUCAGUUCAGUAAAUCCAUUCGGUUACCGAACUCUCCGCAAUACGUUCUAUACAAACGUCAAAAAAUACUGGUCAGUCAGCAGUUUCCUCAGAAAAUGGCGACGUGACAGAUGAUUUACUGUACCUGUUUUGUAACUUUUUGACGAGGUUCGGUAAUGUUGGUACAAUUUUGCCGAACAGUCAGUCAGUAUUUAAUUUUUAUGUACCGGAUAAUGUUUAUGUACCGAAAAAACAGAAGUUCUUAUAAAUUCAAUGAAAAAUAUUGUGGGUUUCAGCAAAUUAUUCGAAAAAUUACUGAAAAUCGCUAAAAAAUGAAAACCUUACCGCAAUUUUUUAAACAAUUUGCUGACAGCUCCGUAAAAAUAUCACUUUACUGUGCAAGUCGUCGAAAGAAAUUACUGAACAACUAUUGGCUGACUUAGCAUGUAUAUUUGAGUAAAGCGGGUAAACGAGUAGAUCACAGGUUUGCUUGAAAGGUAUCGGAUGCUUACCAAUAUUUUUUGGAAUUAUAAUCUGGGAAAUAAAAAUUUUCUGGCAACUCUCCAUCCAUUGAACUCUAACGAUUUCGCCACCUGGGCGCCAAUUUGACGCUAAAGAAUGAACUUUCUUUACAUACGACGAGUUUUGAUUCGAGCCGAUAACAGUCGAUUGUUCCAUAACAUUUUUGAGCACUUCCUUGUUUUUUGUUACCUAAUGCAUUAAAAAGACAUGUAUGCUUUUUUCUGUCCUUUUAUUGUAACUCGCCAGGUUGGCAAUUUAGCACAUAUUUUGACAAAGCAAAAUGCUCAUCACUGUUCUUGUGCAGUCCACAUUAAGUUGUAAUGAAUUUGUGAACGGUCUUGUCGAUUUAGUUAGGUGUAAAAUUUUGCACCCUGACUAAUUGUAAAGAAUCCAAAAGCAGCCACUCUCGAGGUGGAAAAUAAGCCGAACGAGCAUUGCACUCCUCCACAAUUAAUAAGAGAAAGGGUGCUUACAGAGUAUCGGCUAGAAGCUGAGCUGGGGCUGAUACUGACAUUAGAAUGCGAGAAAACUGCUUACAGCAAACUGAAGGGAUGAUGUCAUAGUGAAAGCCAAGCGGAUCUGCGCCGACUAGUUGCUUUUACCAUGACAAACUCAAUUUGAUAUGCUGCAAGCAGGUUUCUCGCAUCCUACUGUCAGUACCCGCGAGCUACCCAAAGAGCUAGGAGCAGAUCACCCUUAUUCUUGUUAACGACGAAUACGAGAUUCGUUCGAAAGCGACACGAACGAAUAGUAACCGCAUUUGGUUUUGCUGUCAUAAACGGGAAUACAAACCACUUUCGAACCAAUCUCGUAUUCGUCAUAAACAAGAAUAAGGGUGAUAUUUUGAAAAAUAACAUCAAAAACAAAUUCAGAAUAUAUUUUAUAUUGCAUGUUUCCCAUUACAGUUAUGAAAAAAGCUAACGUCAAACGAAAUGGGCUAAUGAAGGAUGUUUGUUGGUCUCGCCGAGUCCGGAGAAAUUAACGUAAAACCAGGAGGCCCGCAGAUCGCCCCUAAAAACCGGAGUUUCCCUGAUGGUUAUUGAGUUUCCUAAAACAUAAUCUAGGAAAUAAAAAUUUUCUGGCAACGCUUCAACUCUCCGUCGAUUUUGCCACCAGGGCACUAGUUUGACGCUAUGGAAUGGGACCCAUAUUAUUGGCUCGAAUCAAAACUCGUCGAAAUGUCAAUUGACGAUAGGUUCAUCCGGAGUGUUCAUUUGUGUUUACAUUUUGCUAGCGUUGCCAAUUUUAUUUUGUGUCCAGCACCCAAUGUGGCUACGCCACAUCACUUUUGCGCGUGCUGUCCGACUUCGCUACCGCUACCGCUAAACUAGGAAUAGCCCCUAUGUUUGAGUAAGCCGGGCAAACGAGUGGAUCACAGGUUCGCUUGCUUCCGACGGCGGGUCGGUGGCCACCUCGCCCGGUGGAUCCUCAGCGGCUUUGCGCCGCUUCGGUUCCUAGGCCUCGGUUAUGCGGCUAAGCCGCAUCGAAAUGGUACCCCUUAAACAUUCUAACUUCAAUCAGUUGUGUCACCGGAGCCGGAAUACGACUUAGAACCAGCCAGCAUUCCGGCUGAGUUAAACUGGGAAGUUUAGUAAAAUUAAUCUGGAAAUAAAAUUUUUUGGCAACGCUCCAGCACCCCGUUGAUUUCGGGCCCA